AUGGAGCCCGGGGGCCGGGGGCGGAGGGGGCGGCGGCCGGAGCCGCGAGUGGGCGCCGAGCAGCGGAGAAGGGAGGGAAAGGAGCGGGAGAAAGCGAGCAGGCAGGCAGGCAGCGGCAGCUCUCGCACGCACACCCCCGCUGGAAAAGCAAACACAUCGGUGGAGGCAGAGCCGGGCAGAGAGGGCUGCGGGGCAGGCUGGCCGCGGGCUGUGCCGAGGAGGUGGGGGAGCUGGGGGAAGCCAGGUAGGACCGGAGACCACCCAAAAAGCAAGGGGGGGGGGGUGCAUCCGGCUCCCGGCUUCCCCGCUCGCCCCCCCCCAUCCUCCUCGAAGCCGCCGAGUCCCCUCCUCCCGGGAGCUGCGGCCCGUCCCCGGGGGACGGCGGCGGCUCCGCGGGGAGCUGGGGGGCGGCGGGGGCUCGGGCCGGGCCGCGGGAAACUUCGGCGGCCAGCGGCGGCCCUUGCCCCGGGGCGGGCGGGGGAGCAGCGAGCGGAGUUUGGCGGGCGAGGAAGCGGCGGCAGGAGCAGGGCGCGGGGGGAGCGCAGGGCGGCGGGACCUGGCGGCUCUCCCCGCGGGCUGCUCGCUCCCGCCAGCCCCGGAGCCCCGCUUCGUGCCCCGGCGGCGCUCCGAGCCCUGCCCGCCGCCGCGGGCUCUGAGCGAAAGCGAAACGCGGGGCUGCCGGCGGCGGGGCGGCGCGGGCAGCGGGCUGGCAACGGGGGAGGGCGGAGAGGGGGGGAGCGAGGCGGCGGCAGGCACCGAGAAGUGCCUGGAGUUGGGAGGAUGCGGCGGCGGCAGCGGCGGCAACUUCGCCGAAAGGAGCCGGAGCGAGGCGGACGCUGCCGGCGCCGGGAGGGAUCAGGUUGCGGUAGAAAUAAGCUCUGGAGGCGAACGCGUGUGCGGAGCAAAGUGCGGCUGCGGGAGGGAGUGCGAGGGGCUAGCCGUGCCCGGGACGGCGGCGGACAGCCGGAGCGGAGAGCCCGGGGGAACGAGGGGAAGACUUCGCCGGGCAGAGGGGGCGGCGGGGGCCGGGGCUCGGCGGGACCUGUUGGCGGGGCGAGCCCCGGCGCGGAGCUGUCCGGCUCCGCCGUGCGAUGGUUUCAGCUUCCCGCCAGCCGCCCCCGGCUCCGCCCGCCGCCGCUCGGCCCCCCCUCGGCCGCCGCUCCCCUCCUGCAUCCGCCGGCACCGGGAUGCCGGGGCAGGGUGCGGGACGUGGCCGAGGAACCCGGCCGCAGGUGACAACAGCGGCGGCUGCUGGGCUGGCUGUGCCGGGCGGGCACAUGUCCCUGCGCGAAACACGGGCGUGUGUGUCUGCACCGGAGAUGUAGAUAUAUAUAUAUAUGGGGCUUGAUUUAUAUCUAAUGGCACGUAUAAAGCUUUUGAAGGUGGCUGCAAUGUAAAAAGUAAUGACUUUAUUACCCCUGAAAGGUUCUGCGGUUCGCAGUUAACACUCCUCUGAAUUACAAUUCAUUACGCUCUCUAAAGCCAACCUGCAUCAGAACACCUACCUGUGCUUAUUCCCAAUCACAGGCGUCGUUUCACUGAUUUUCUUUUUUAAAAAAUCAUAGCAAAUUAAGCACUUGGUGACAACUAAAUCUGUUUCAUUAUCGUGCCGUGUUUGAGAUUCCAGAGGUGACUUCCCAGACCGCAUCUCAAAACCUACAGUCAGGAGCUAAUUUUACAGAUGCUUUCAUGAAUGGCAGCGAGGAUGUUCUUACCAUCAGCAUGCCCUUAAUUCCAGCACCGUAAAAAUGCCUCGAUUUAAAUGGAAACUCGCUGCCUUAAAAAUAAUAUUUCAUCCUGGCUGGAUAAUUAUUAAUAUUAGCAUUUGAUCGCAAUAGUGCUGGCUCCCCCUCGUUCCUGUACCCCCCCCCACCCCACAGCGCUUCGCAUUGUCAUGUGAUUGGAGGGAGAUAACAAACCUCAAGAAAGAAAAGGAGUGAGAAGACAUUUUUAACACGGCAUGACCGCAGAUUAAUAAUGCAGGUGGGUUUUUAUUUCAUUGUAUUUUUAGGGGAAGGGAACGAGGCUGUUUAACGAGCAGUCGUGGACACAAAGUGACUGUAUUUACAAUCCUUGAUGUGGCUUUCGGUGGGUAAUAAAUUAUGACAAUAUUAAAAUUAUUUUCUGGCAGCCCAGUUAACUGCGCUGGGGACUGUAAAGCCCCUACUGAUUCCAUUUAUGCCUUGUAAUUGCGGUCCACGGUCUCGCUCUAAACCUUUUGGUGUAUAUUGUGUGUAAACUUUUAGCUAAUAGACUUUUUUUUUGAAUGGAGGGACUUUUCUCGGUACUUCCUGCCGUAUACAUUUUGUCUCUGAUCUCUGUAUUUAAUGGCCAAGUCCUGGUUUAUGCUUUAUAAUGUGUUGACAAGUUUUCUAACAGACUUUCUGAAAUAAUGCACAUAUAUUCACGUCGGUUAGAAACUCCACAGUAUUUUUAGAGUCGAGUAGAUCUAUAUCCUAAUGCACUGAGAGGGAGUGUAAAUCAUAGAGGAUUUCAUAGCCCUUUCAGUAGUUUUCUGUAUGAAGUAUGAGCAGCGUGGCCUCCAGACGUAACCUUUUAGAAAAAAAGACAGUGCUUUUAUUUUAUGGUGUAAAGUGCUUUUAGCUUCAGGGCUCUGAACGUGAAUGUGGUCAACAAACAGCUCUUGCCAGGGAGUUUGCUACAGCCUCAGCCCGGGCGCUGUGCGGAGGGAUGCGGCUGAGCCCCCGGCUGCAGGAGCGGCUGAGCCCCCCCGAGACAGGGACUGACCCCCCCGAGACACGGCACUCCCCACCGGCCCCCUUCCCGUGUCCUGGGCUGGGACAUCCCGCGGAAAAGGGGGUGGGAUGGCCCCCGGCGCUGGUGACGGCAGCAGGGUCGCUCCCGGGGACAGGGGCCUGAGCUGCCCCGGCAGAGACGGGGCCAGAGGGCACAGCUGGGGCUGGGAGAGCCCCGGGAGAGCUGCGGAGCAAGGGAUGCACCCCACGACUGCACCUCCUGCAUCUCUGCUUCCCAGCGCCUCUAGCACACCGAGCAUCUCCAGCCCUGUCUGUACCUCCUGCACGCUCUUCCCCUGCUGGGUUGUACUAACAAACCCCCUGCAAGUGGCAGGUGAGCACAGAGAGAAAUGGGGCGGGUGAAAACAAACCCAGGCCAGCACAGAAGAUGACCCAGUGAUCACGGUCUGUGCGCUGACACAGGCUUGUGUCACCUCCUGCCCCUCCACAGCCCUUCUCUGCCCGAGCUGCAGGGCAUGCCUCGCUGCUGUCACCCUGGCCAUGCUAUCAGCUGCUCCUUGGCUACGGACUCCCAGCCCCAGAGCAAAGGCAGCUGGAGGAAAUGUGGCCCUACACCUCAGCAAAUUCCGAGGUGCACGCUGAAAUCAGAGCCAUGGUGGGAAGCUAGCCUUAGAGAAGGGUCUGUCUCAUUAGCUGAGUGUCCAUCCCACCUCAGGCUGUCCCAUGUGAACCAGAGCCCUGAGGCACCAGCUCAUGCCUGGAGCAGCUGAGAGCAGAGGUGGGCACCCAUCCCUGUCCCUCAGCAAUGGCAGUAACCUGCAGCAGCAGGACAGAGUGCCCAGGUGAGAACAUUAAUGCUGUAAGAAUCAGUCUAAGAUUUAAACCUGCCAAAAUGUAUCUAUCCCUUUCCUCAUACCUCAGCUCUCUGCCUGAGAAAAAGCAUGGUCCUCCCUACAUUCAAGCACCUGAGAUUCUUAGAGGGUGGGGUAGAAAGGGACAUAAAACUAACAUUGAGAAGUGUGGCCUUCCUCAGUCUCACAGGCAGGCACCCAGGGCUGGGACCUGAAGGUGCAAAGGAGCGUGGCACAGUUCUGCUGUCCCUGCCUAUCUGCUUCUUCAGUGACAGACUUGGCAGUGGGUGAGUUCAGCAACUUUGGUGGGCAAAUGUUCCUGCUUCGAAGCUCCAGCUGUCACUCACUCAGAGCAGGAAUCUCACUUGCCAACAUUACAGAACACUAGGACCAAACAGAAAUUCCAGAACUCUGCCAGAUCCCGGGAGCUGGGCUGCGUUAUGUAACGGCAGAUCGCGCGGGGUGCUUUCCGACACCGGCUUGAUAGCCUCAAUCAGGCGGAGGCAACGUGGGUGGAACUCUUAUCACACCAGGCUGGCUCCCGUGAAUGAGCAGAGCACUUGCACGUUCUAGAAAUAGUACGUGCAUUAGUAUUCCCGCAGGAGAAACUUGGGCGCGCUGCUUUGCCUUUUCUCAUUUUUCUUUUUCUUCUUUUUUUUUUUUGUCUUUCCCCUUUUUAAUAAAGGCUGAAAAUAAACUGAUUUUGCAAGCUCUUACUGGCAGGCACAGCACACACAGCAGCGAGUCCGUGCAGGAUCACAGACAUCUGAGCGCCAGGGUAUGAAUUUGGUACUUCUAGCUCUUCCGAAGCUCCCUACUCAAUGGAAUAUGUAUGGAUACCCCAGGUAAAUCUACAGCUACCCUGAGGAUUUCACAGGGCUCACCUGCCAUCCUGACCCACCUGCGUGUUCCUACACACUGAGAAGAGGCCAGGAACAAGAAAUGACACUUUAGUUAUCUCCAAAGAGGUCCUAAAUGUGUAAGAUAAAGAGAACAUAAAUAAAUAUCUUUGCUAACA